CACCUCCAAACUUCUUUACAGUAUAAAAGCUUACCAUAAAUACCCAACUCAAAACCUAACCUUAAUAGCUCCUUUCAUUUUUCAAUCUCAUACUAUCUAUCAUUCACAUCUCUCUCUGUUUUUACUCAUUCAAUCUCAAAUCUAGUUCAAUGGCGUCCGAGGGAAUCCUGUUGGGUAUGGGGAACCCCCUUCUUGACAUCUCAGCUGUGGUGGACGAGCAGUUCUUGAAAAAAUACGACAUCAAGUUGAACAAUGCUAUUCUUGCGGAGGACAAGCAUUUGCCCAUGUAUGAUGAAUUGGCAUCUAAGCAGAAUGUGGAGUACAUUGCUGGAGGUGCUACACAGAAUUCAAUCAAAGUUGCCCAGUGGAUGCUCCAAAUUCCUGGUGCAACUAGUUACAUUGGCUCCAUUGGAAAGGACAAGUUUGGAGAGGAGAUGAAAAAAAAUUCAAAAUCAGCGGGUGUUAAUGUACAUUAUUACGAGGAUGAAUCUACACCAACUGGAACAUGUGCUGUUUGUGUGGUUGGUGGUGAGAGGUCACUUAUUGCUAACUUGUCAGCUGCAAAUUGUUACAAAUCUGACCACUUGAAGCAACCAGAAAAUUGGUCACUAGUGGAAAAGGCAAAAUACAUCUAUAUUGCUGGGUUUUUCCUCACUGUGUCCCCUGAAUCUAUUCAACUUGUUGCUGCACAUGCAGCUGCCAACAACAAGGUCUUUGCGAUGAACCUUUCUGCUCCAUUCAUCUGUGAGUUUUUUAAGGAUGUGCAGGAGCAAGCUUUGCCUUAUGUGGACUAUGUUUUUGGAAAUGAGACAGAGGCAAGAACCUUCUCCAAGGUUCAUGGCUGGGAGACCGAGAACGUUGAGGAGAUUGCUGUAAGGAUUUCCCAGUUGCCCAAGGCAUCAGGAACGCACAAGAGGAUUACUGUUAUUACUCAAGGUGCAGAUCCUGUUGUAGUUGCUGAAGAUGGUAAGGUGAAACUAUUUCCUGUAGUCCUGUUACCCAAGGAGAAGCUGGUUGAUACCAAUGGAGCAGGGGAUGCAUUUGUUGGAGGAUUUUUGUCACAGCUGGUUCAGGAGAAGCCCAUUGAAGACUGUGUGAGAGCUGGUUGCUAUGCAGCGAAUGUUAUAAUCCAAAGGUCGGGCUGCACUUAUCCAGAAAAGCCUGAUUUCAGUUAAGCUCAUUUGAAAGGUCGGGCUGCACUUAUCAAGAAAAGCCUGAUAUCAGUUAAGCUCAUUUGUUACACGACGCUGCACCCUUUCCUUGGCAUUUGUGGUAGAGUUAAUUUUCUUUUGCAAUUGUUUUUGUUGCACACUGCAUUUAUUUUAUUUUAAACAUGAAAUUUAUAUGCGAUAUCAUCUACAACUUGGUUGAGGUUAUCUAUGGAAGUUUACUAGAACA